AUGGUCCGCGUGAAGUUUCGAUACCUUGUCGUCAACUUUCUCUAUCCAGAGCCUUCGCCCAAGUCGCGCACGACGCUCCCGGACUUGGUGCAAAUCCACUCUCCCACACCAGAUGCCUUCAAUGCGGGCACGCUCGUACGCCUGGUGCGCGAUGCUGUGGAGGACCUGUACGGCGACUAUGGGAGCGGGAUGGUAUCGAUCAACUACUACUCCGCAUCGACUUCAACCGCAAUCAUUCGCUGUCCGCGCGACCACUACGAGAUGGUAUGGGCAGCACUCACCUACGUCACAAAACUGCCCAGGGCCGAGAUACCAGUCGUGUGCAGGGUCAUCAGAGUCAGCGCCACGAUACGCAAGGCUGAAGAGGAGGUCAUUCGCAGAAGUCAGAGGAUUGUCAAGAGAGCUAAGACGUGGGAAGGGAGAGGGGCGGAUCCUAUGCUCAGCAGCGUCGAGAAGAGCGUCGACAAGGAGAGGAGGAGCAACGAUGUCCUGGCGGUGGUCGACCAUGGUGAAGAAAGCGAGGAGAUGAGCGAGUGA